CGCGACCUUCCUGCUCGGAUUCGGCUUGCUCGCCACCUGGUUCCCGACCUCCUACCUCCCUGUAUCCACCCCUAGCCUCUGAAACCCCCUCAUCAGGUGCCCCUUGCGGCCCGGAUCCGCUCCGCUUGCGACUAGGCUCGUUCGCCGGACUUCCAUCUCUCGCCGUCGUGUCCUCGCUUGUGUGCCUGUUCGACUGGGUCCCGACGCACGCGUCCAUCGCAUUCUGAGACCCAUGCCUCUCCUGCUCACUGGCUUGCGUUUCGACUAGCGGCCCCUUCCCAGUCCUCACAGGCUCCUCAUUUCGCAAGAGUGUCUCGAAUCGCCCUUGAGGUCCCGUGAAGUUUCCCGCCAUGCUACACUUAGACCCGGUACGCCGCGUCCGCAAGCUUCCUUCCGCCUCAGCGCGGGUCUCUACUGCUAUGCUCGUCUUGCGGCCAAUCUUGUUCCGCAUGCGCGCUGCUCGAUCGGUCCGCUGUACCUCGGUUGCCCUGGAUCGCUCUUCAUCGUCUGCUGGGCUGUUGGCAUUCGUCUUCGGUAGAUUCUGACCCUCGCCAGCC